AUGCAUGCUACACAUAACUCUUCUCCCUCCCUGCAAACGAGGAUCUUGGCCACCUCGUGCGACUUUGGUGCUAUAAUUCUAUUCGGUGGCAUAAGGGGAAAGGUGAUGACUAUGAAGGAAACGAAAGUGGAGAGGGCGAUAAGGUCCAACGCCUCUAUGACAUCAGGAGCAGAGAUGGUGGUGGUGAAGCAGGAGAAAUUGUUGGAAUUGUAUAAAAGAGUCUCAGAAGCCAAGAUGCAUGCCAGUUGCAUACGACCAGGUGGAGUGACACAAGAUCUGCCUCUUGACUUAUAUGAAAUUGAAUAG